GGCUUCCGGUAGCGCAAAGGGUGUCGGGAGAGGCUUCCAGCAAACCUGCUUCCUUGGCCUCUGGAGGGGCCACCGUUGCCGCGGAUUCGGCUUCCACGAUCUGCGUUCGGGCUAAACGGCCACGGCGGCCGCUGCUGUCGCUCCCCUUGUGCCCGGCUCUGUCUGUAUUCGUUCCCAGGCGGCCGCCACGGUUCCAGCAGCGGCCGCGGCCGACAUGUUGUGAGGCGGCGGCGCGGGUGUCUGAAGGAUGGUUUGGCAGAGGCGGCGGCAGCGGCUGCUGGCGGCGGCGGCAGCGGGGGCUCCGGCUCUUUAGAGCCAAGCCCGCUGGGUGUCCGCCCAGUACCGCGGUGAGGCCAGUGCCCCUGGACCUUGCCUCUGCUCCGGCGCGGUUGGGGACCGCGGUUAGGCGACAGCGCCCGCUCCUCUGAGGGGACACGAAGGUGGUUCCCCAGUGCUCAAAUUUCCGGACCACCUUUGCUUUCUCCUCUCCGACCUGGGCAGUGCUGUCCCCGUAAUCCUCAGCGCCCCGACCUCCUUCCCAGUCUCGCCCUAAAUCUCUCACACGGGUGUUCCCCCACCCUCACGAACCGGCUCCUCCCCACCUCCCUUCAUUUUCUGCACCCUCUUCUCUUGGCGCUCCUGGGAUCACACUUUUGAGGGCAGCCUUUUGAAAAAUUCGCGGAAUAGUGCACCAGAGCUGGGAAGUUUUUAAAAGUCGGGGCGCGCGAGAGAGGGAGAUACGAUGGCUUCCUCAUCUGGCAACGAUGAUGAUCUCACUAUACCUAGAGCUGCUAUCAAUAAGAUGAUCAAAGAGACUCUCCCCAACGUCCGGGUGGCCAACGAUGCCCGGGAGCUGGUGGUGAACUGCUGCACUGAAUUCAUUCACCUCAUAUCUUCUGAAGCCAAUGAGAUUUGCAACAAAUCGGAAAAGAAGACCAUCUCACCCGAGCACGUCAUACAAGCACUAGAAAGUUUGGGCUUUGGCUCAUAUAUCAGUGAAGUAAAGGAAGUCUUACAAGAAUGCAAGACUGUAGCAUUAAAGAGAAGAAAGGCCAGUUCUCGUUUGGAAAACCUUGGCAUUCCUGAAGAAGAAUUAUUAAGACAGCAACAAGAGUUAUUUGCAAAAGCUAGACAGCAACAAGCAGAAUUGGCCCAGCAGGAAUGGCUUCAAAUGCAGCAAGCUGCUCAACAAGCACAGCUUGCUGCCACAGCCAGUGCAUCUAACCAGGCAGGAUCUUCUCAGGAUGAAGAAGAUGAUGAUGAUAUCUGAAAUUUACCAGCUGAGUUUCUAUUUCCUCUAUAAAUGUUUUUCCCUGCACAAGAAAACAGUGAAAGAAAUGCUUAUCUGUAAUUUUGUAUGCAUCUUGGUGGACUUGCCAUUGGUAUUCUAGGGAUGUCUGUUGUUAAGUUUCAUCUAUUGUGUGCUACUCAUGUAAAAACUGUCUCUUUGAACUAUUGAAAAUUUAAGGUUCAGUAUAAUAUCAAUUUUGAAUUUUUAAUGGUGUUUAUGAAAUUUUAGAUAGCAGUGAGUCCUUUAUUUGAUCAAUAAACAGUGUUACAGAAACUGUCAAGUUUAUAAAAUACAGUGAAAUUUAUACGUACAGAAACUCUAAAUCUGCAUUUGCAUUUCCUCUGCCCUUUUAACUAAACUAAAAAUUGGGAAUUUUAAAUUAUUGGGGGGAGGGUGUUGUGUGAUGCAGUAGAUGUUAGUUCAGGUUGGUGAAAAAACAGUUCAGUUUUGUAGUAUCUGAAUUUUUUGUCUUUUAAAAUGAGUAUAUAUAUAUAUAUAUAUGCAGUAAAUAUAUAUGCUCAGAUAAAUAUACUUGUUUAGAAAAAAUCUCAAAACAUUCAAAAACUAGGAAGGAGUAUGUUCAAUAGUUGUAUAAAUUCAGUGGGUUAUGUUUCUGAUUUUGUUUUUGUUUUAUGUAGAGGUAAAAACUACAGUUUUAUUAUGGCAUAAUUCAUCUUGAGCUGCGCUAUUACAUUUCAAAGACUGCCCAAUUUUGAGGACUGUCAUGAUUCUUACUAUUUCACUCCAAUAAUUGUUAAUAGUAUUACUUGCUUAGUCCAUCCAUGUUUAUUGGACCUUGUGAAACAAUUGCUUAGGUUCCAUUGGUUUAAUGGAGAUUCAUGAAUAUUCAAACCUUUGCUGGGGGAAAGAAAUGAAAGUUAAUAAGCAUGCUUACUGUAAAAGAGGGAUUUUUUGGUAAUUUAACUUGUAGUUAUAGUUUACUUAUUGUUUGUUUUUAGCAUUACUUUUACAUUUUCUUGACUAGAUGGCCUAGAGUGUCCAGUGCUUCCUUUUGAAAUGGCAUCAUUAUCUCCAUCAUAAUUGAGUGAUAGCUUUAAAAAUGAUUGGCUUUAUUUUGUUUAAGAAAGCAUGUCAUAACAGAUCAGCCCUAUGUGAAACAUAAAUAGUUUCAACCUACUCAUUAAAAGGGAGAAGGUUUACUUUGGUUACAACAAAAAUAAAGUAGUGAUUUUUAUAAGAAUCCAGUGAGUUGAGGAAAUGGCAUAUUGUGUAUAUUUUGGAAACAGAAUGAAAAAGCCUCUUAAGAUAGUAUAAAGUAAUCUAAAUUCCUAUGUCAGUUGCCAAAUCAUUUAAAUUUGUAUAUUAACCAAGCCCAAGGAAAAAUUGUGGCUGCUGGGAUUCCAAUUUUAAUUGAAGAGCUAAAUAAGUAAAGUUUAUAAGUAUUAGAUUUCUUAAUGAUCUUAUUUUGCAGUUUUAGAAAAAAUGAAAUAUUAGCAUAUGUUUAUUAAAUACACUUCCCCCAUGCCAUGAAAAGGUUAAUUUUGCUGGAUGUUUUAAGUUGAAGUUGAUACUGUAUCCUUGAAGUGCUUUGGAUAAGAUAGAAGGGGUUGUUUUUUUAAAAGUUUAAGUACCAAAGGUAGUCUAGUCUAAGAAAUAAUAAGUUAAUAAGUGUUGGCUUUUCUAAUUUGUACUGUAACAUCCUUAUACUUUCUAUUUUAAGAUUAUCUGUUUCUUAAGUAAACAACUUAGAUAUUUUUCCACACUUUUUUUUUCCCUGAUGCAGAGUUCAGGUUAAUUAAUAUUUUACUGCAUCUGAUAAUGUAUUAUAUGUUUGAAGCCUAGUGACUUUUCAUUUUGACAUUCUUGUGAUUUCAUAUGCUGUAUUCUUCAAGCAAUAAAAUUCUGAUGUGUUUUAUAAAUUGUUUUUACAUUUAAUAAUCUACAUAGAUUAGCAGCAGAUUUCUGUUAUUAACAUUUUUACUAAUUUUAAGAAUCUUAGGCCCAGAAGAUAUUUUUAUCAUUUGGUAUAUAGUACCUGACUUUC